AUGAUAUGCAACAAGACGUAUGAUGAUGAUUCAGUACCGUUUCGAAAUGAACUUGCUCGUAGGACAUAUUCAUCAAUACGCUGUUCACGUCAAACUCAACGGACGCAACUAAAAAGUACAGAGAAUAGAAGUCUUAAUAAACAACAAUACAUGCGUCAAGAAUGCCGUACAAUUAGUGAAGAAUAUACUUCGACUGGUCCAUCUUUCACGACGAAUCAAAAUAACGAACAACGUGAAACUGGUGAUAUUAGUUCCUGUGUUUUUGUGCGAGGACCAACACAACUUCGUGAUUCACGUCGUAAAACAGCAGAACAAUGGCAAAUCAGGAAACAUUCUUCGGCAAAUGGUGAAAAUUGUGUGGAAGAAGUACGAUACGGUCAAAAAGUUAAAUUUUCGCCUUCUAUUUAUAAUGAGUCAUUUCGUCGAAAUCUGAAGAAUACUGUACAGAAUAAAGAAAGUCACCGGAUUUCCGCAUUUAAACAUCCUGAAUGUACUCGAACUCAUCUCUUACCAUCACUCUUUUCAUCAUCUAUAAUCGGGCUAAAAUCAAAAAGCCGCAAUUUCGAAUCAAAUUCCGACUUUAUAUACCAUUCUGAUUCAUCUUAUUCGUUCAAUAAAUGUACUAAACCAAGGGAAUUACUUUUAAAAUCAGCUGGAUUACAUGAAAUCCAUGUAAAUAUAUCUGCACAAAAUCAAAAUCCUUUAAAUGAGAAAGUAUGUUAA